GAACUCAAGAUCACCAUGAUUCGACGACAGCGCUAUCGGGUUACCGAGCGCCUCGAAGAGCCAGAGUCGACUACAACAGCAAUGCAGGUGUCGCCUGAAACCCAAGAGAAAGAAGUUCCCGGAAAAUAUGGGUUGAAGUUCUUCCACGUUGUCGAGUUGGUCAUGAACGGCCACGGAUACUUCUAUAAGAGAAGAGACAAGUACAAGUGCUCCGUAUUUAAGGUCAACAUGGGCAUCAGAGGUAUCCACAUAUGCGAUAGGAAGGGAAUUAACAUCCUCUUUAAUAUGGAAAAGAUUUACAAAGAGCCAGCGUUCGGGCGACUGAACUAUAACAUCUGUCUGCUAGACGGAUACACACCCUCCAUGUUCGCAAAUGGAAUUCCUCACGAAAAACAAAAAGCGUUUCUCAUGCAAUUGUGCAAGAUAGCUCAACAGGGUAAAAUAUUUGAAACAAGUGUGAAACUACUUCGAGAAUAUUCCACAUUAUGGCAAAACGCAGACCCUACGCUGAAAUCCACGUGGGAGCAAAGCAUUAUGGACCUUACAUGUGACAUCUUUACUGAAGCUUUCUUAGGAAUCCGAGUCGAUCAUCAAGCAAUGUUCAAAUGCGUGAAAGGAAGCUGGGGGAAGCGAGGAACCCUGCGAAAAGGAAUAGAUGGUGCAAGCUGCUUGAAGCAGGCCUUCCGACAAAGUCCAGCUCUUGCCGAUAUUAUCAAAAUAGCCGUCGAGGCUGGAGUGACAGAGGAACAAGCUUUGAUGGACGUUUUAUUUAUGCUCAAUUUCAAUGCGUAUGGCGGUGUAUCCGGUUCUUUGAGGACCUGUAUGGCCCGUUUAUUCGUGCUCGAGCAGGAUUACAAACAGAAAAUGAAAAAUGAAAUGAUAACAGUGUUGUCGAAUCAAGCACUGUCCAAGGAGGCCCUCACAGAAAUGCCGCUCCUGCACAAUUUCAUCUUAGAGGUACUGCGUAUGCACCCACCAGUGCCAGUCUUCUUUGGACGGGCGAGAGAGGAUUUCAUCCUUAACUCUGACAGCGGCAAAUUCAUCGUAAAAAAAGACGAACUUCUUGUUGGAAAUGUACGCAUGGUGCACAGGGACGAAAGAAUAUUCGAUCAGCCACACAAAUUUUUACCGGCUCGAUUUGAAAACAAGGCCCUGAUAGAUCACAUCAUAUAUGGAUAUGGACCCUUUAAUGAAGAGGCGACGCCUCAAAAUCAUCACUGUGCGGGACAGGAGAUCACCCUGACAGUACUAAAGGUUGCGGUGGCACACGUUGUGCUGAACUGCGAAUUUGGCUUGGUGGAUCAACCUGUAUGGACUGGGAAAAAAUUAAGAAGAGUUGGUUGCCCAGACAAGGAGAUGAAGCUUUCUUAUUUCAAGUACAAGCCCUCUGAGGUCGACGGGGGAGAUGUGGCAGUUCAAGACAUGACAGAAUAGAAUGACUGCUUUUAUUAUGUGCGCCAUUGUACGCGCGUCCACCGUAGACCGUCCGGGGAGGACGACCUGGUCGUUGGUCAUGAAGAAUGGUACAAUGGUGCCGAGGUCCUCCCGGCUGACACUAGGACGGUGGAGUUUCGCUUAGCAAUAGUCGUGUUUGAUCGCACAAAUUUGUACCAAGGACAUUGAAUACGUCCAGUCAUCAAGUUAAAUAUGUGACUGAUUGGUUUCAAAGUUUCAAAACCAUUCAAUGCGUUUUCGGUUUUGAGUUGUAAUUAGCUGCGAAAGAUUGUUGAGAAGGAUGUUAUCACAAAGUUUACGAAGUAUACAGGGAACUAUGAAUAAUGACGUUCAAGUUAGAUAUCUGAUUGCUAGUUGCUAGAGACAAAAACCAAAGACAACAGACAACUAUCACUCAUCCACCAACGACGGUUUCUGCAAUCUGCCACAAAUAAACCCGAAAUAGAAAACGCACAGAGCAAAAAUUAACACCAUGUUAGACUACAUGCACGAAAAUUAUUUAUACAAAGAUAAUUAAUAUCAUCAAAUGUCAUAGCGGUACAACGCCCAGAUAAAUAAACAAGAACGGCCAUAUAGCAAAAAGCCCAGUUUCCUCGAAAAGAUAUGCCCUUGAACGAUGCAAAAAGUUUCGUUUGCAAAGAUGGUAAACCUAGGCCCUGCACAAUACACACAAAAAAUUACCUUUCCAAGAAUGAAAAUUAUCAAUUAAAAAGAUGAAUAUUAGUGAAAAUCACUUCGCACCCGAAUUGUCAUUAUCCUAUCCUCUUAUCAUUUAACCGAUAUUUCACAGGGGGUUUAAGCAAAUGAGAGCUCACUUUUUGUGUUCUUAUAUAUUCAGCCCCAAUGUCAUUAUUUUCACCUUUUCUUGAUAUCUUUCUUUAAUUUUUGGGAGUGCAUGAUUCUUUUUCGGUUCUCUUGCGGCAACUUUUUUAUCUUUUUUUUUAUUUCUUAUUCAUCCCUUCCUCUAGGAUCAAAAGGACUUGCCCAAACGAGAUUCCUUGAAAAGAAAUGACAGAAAUAUCAAACAUUCCCAGUCCUAGAAUAGAAAUACAAAUCCAUUGAAUAUAAAAGUUGAAAAUUUAUUUUUUUUAACGUUUUCCUGUCUAGUUGUCGUUGUUACGUUUUUAUUUGGAUAUAUAACAGAAUAUGGAAUAUUAAACGGGUUUAUCUGCUCAGCAACAAAAGAUGUGGAAAAACUAUGGUUGGCACUACGAUGAGAAAAAAGUAUAGUUACAUUAUAUGUAACCACUCAAAACAAGUAUA